UCAACUAAAUUUGUUGUACGAGAUCUCAUUUAUAUAAGCAGACCAAUUUGGGACACAAGUCAUGCACCAGAAUUCAAAAUGAUUGCUCACUAUUCUUCAGUUGACAUGAAUUCAUCGCAAUUGUGUUCAAUUCAUAACUGGAAGAAGCGAUCCAAAGAAGUCAAAGUCAUCGAUGCCUUCAUAUUCUCCAUAGAACUCGACUUAUUAGAGAUCAGACUCAACGAGUUGUGGCCAUAUGUCGACCUCUUUGUUGUCUUAGAAUCAAAUAAAACAUUUACGGGUAAAUCAAAACGUCUUUAUUUGAGGGAAAAUAUGAACCGAUUUUUGUGGGCAAAAGACAAACUCAGAUAUCACUCAUACAAUGGUUUAGUAGAUCUUAAAUCCGGUGAAAAUCCAUUUUUCAACGAAAAUAAGAUGCGAUUGCAUAUGAAUGUUGUGAUCGCAAACUAUGCCAAAUCGGGUGACAUUAUUAUUGUCUCGGAUGUCGAUGAGAUACCGACACCACAAGCCGUUCAUUUGGUCAAACAGUGUACCGGUUUUCCUCAGUCAAUGCAUUUACAAUUGAAUACAUAUUUGUAUUCAUUUGAAUUUUUCUUCAGCACCGAUGAUAGCUGGAGGGCACACAUCCAGGUAUAUGACUACUCAUUUGCCUACAGUCACGGACGGAUAUCCGACUAUAUGCUGGCCGAUUCAGGUUGGCAUUGCUCAUUUUGUUUUCGUUAUUUAUCGGAUUUUAUAUUCAAAAUGACAUCCUAUUCACACAAUGAUAGAGUAUUAGAUAGAAAAUUGUUAAACAUUAAUGAAAUCCAGAGAAAGAUCUGUACCGGCGAUGACUUGUACGACAUGUAUCCCGAAGUCUAUACGUUUAGAGAAAUGAUCGCAAAGUUUGGUUCAAUACCUAAAUCCAAAUCAAUGACUCGUUUGCCAAAACAUGUUAUCGAAAAUAGAGAAAAAUUUGUAUUUUUAUUACCCGACGGUUGUUUGCGUGAAGUAUACCAUCAAACCAAUGUUUUUUGA